AUGGUUUAUUAAAAUAAUUAUUAUUUGCACAAUAAACUAAUGUGUACUGUUGUGCUCUGUAAUGAUUAUUUCCUCAAAGGCAUAUAAAUCGGAGCAAACAGUCGCCGCGCGAUUCGAGUCGGAACUUCGAACGAAGAGAGGCGUGUUUACUCAGUUGGAUAUUCCGGCGACUCGGAAACUGGAUUGGGUCAACACUACCGAGGCAUGGAGUGAGCUGAUGGCGGCUCUAUGGCACCUGCACCUGCUGCCGCUGUUGCUCCUCCUCUACCUGACACCGUUACUUUGCUGGGCCGCCGGCAACGAGGCCAACAGCCGGAUUGUGGGCGGCGUCCCAGUGGAUAUCGGCAGCGUACCCUACUUGGUUAAUCUGCGCAUCAGUGGCCGCUUUAUAUGCGGUGGCUCAUUGGUCACAACCCAGCAUGUGGUCACGGCGGCACAUUGUGUCAAGGGAGUGGGCGCUGCCCGCAUCCUGGUCGUGGCCGGCGCCACAACGCUCAGCGAAACUGGCGUCCGAAGUGGCGUGGAAAAGGUCUACACCCCAAAGGCCUACAAUACACGCACCCUCAACACAGACGUGGCUGUUUUGAAGCUGAAGACACCGCUCAGUGGUCCCAAAGUGGCCACCAUUGAACUUUGCAAUGCCAGCUUCAAGGCCGGCGAACUAAUCAAGGUCUCUGGCUGGGGACAGAUCUCUGAGCGCAAUAAGGCCGUCUCCAUGCAGGUGAGAAGCGUGGACGUGGCUUUGAUUCCCCGCAAGACCUGCAUGAGUCAGUACAAGCUGCGGGGCACCAUCACCAGCACAAUGUUCUGCGCCUCGGUUCCCGGAGUCAAGGAUUCCUGCGAGGGCGAUUCUGGUGGGCCGGCCGUUUACCAGAAUCAACUCUGCGGUAUUGUUUCGUGGGGCGUUGGCUGCGCUCGGCAAAAGUCACCUGGUGUCUAUACGAAUGUCAAGACUGUGAGGAGCUUCAUCGACAAGGCCCUGGCCAUGUGAUUAGGAUAAAUAGAUGGCAAUAAAUGCUUACAAAAUCUUAAAUGCUUCAAGAAACAAAAAAAAAACAAUUUGUUUUCUUCUAAAUCGAUUUGGCUGUUUGCUGAAUAUCCCGCCCGUAAAGUGUGCUUUCCG